AUGAAGUUCUCGGGGACGCUCGCUGCAGCUCAUCUCAGGGAGGAUUUGCUGGGGUACCAAGUCGCUUCUUGUGCACGCUGUCGAUAUCCACUUCUGGACAUUGAAAAUCCACUUGAUUCGGUGGAGUCAGGUGCUGGUGCGGGGGCAGGCCACAGCGUCUUGUCUUCCUACGACGAUCAAGCAAAUUCCACCUCUGACCAACGAGAAUUCGGCCCGCUUUCUGAAAAUCCGGCACUGAUUGACCCGACGAUCGAUCCCACAGCUUCAUUUUCCGAUCAAGGCGAAUUCGAGCUGCCACCACCGAUGAGUGAACUGAGUAGCGCAGUGGCAGAUGCUGCUGCGUCUAGAAAUAUUUCCCAGCUCUUGCUUUAUAAUUUGUGCCUUUUGCUUGAUGCCUCAGUAGUGCGCCUCAUCGAUAUUGAAAGCGUGCUGAUCUUCUGCUCGUGCGAGUUGGUGGAUCUGCGAUCUGUUUCCUGUCGUUCUUGUCACAUGCUCGAUUUGAUACCUGAUGGCCGUUACUGCGUCGAUGCGCAACGUGCAUGGCAUGCUCCGCAGCAGCGUUGCUUGCUGAAUCGUUGUUUACGUGCUGAUGCUGAUUGUGGUCUCGAGUGGCAGUUGUUAGAAGUGUGCUUGGCUAGAAAAGGAGAUCUCAUGGCGCCUAGAAGAAGAGCCCGAAAUUGGGAGUCUGAAAAGGGCUUUGCUUGCAAUAUUACAUAA